GUUUUUAAAAAUUAAUAUAUCAGAUUCGGACGUGCUGCCCUGGAUUGGGAAAUUAUAGGCUGAUUAAGGUAAGAUUAGGAUCACGGUGCAUCGGAAAUCGGAAUCUGUGCAGCGCAUCGCAUCGAAUUUCGUCGGCCAACAUCGAAAAGAUAGAGGCGAAGGCGAAGGCGGGGACGCGGACGCGGAAGCGGUGCUGUGAAACGCAUAGGAUAGCGAGGAUAGCAGGGCAGGACAGGGGAGUGACAGUGAAUUGAGCACUUGCUGACCAGGUAUUGCUCGAAAAGCCAGCACAGCAGAGCACGGCUGCAUGGUAUAGCCAUAGGUACCUACGGAGUACAGCAUAGCAAAGCAAGUACGGCAAUCCGCCUCCAGACAGAACAGGAGAAGACCUCCGGGAACUCCACUUCUCGCUCUUCCUCUCCCUCUUCUUGUUCUCAAGUCCGAACAUCCUCUAUCUCUGCCAUUGCUCUCUUCUUCUCGUCGCAUCCAGGUCUUCGGCACGGCGUCGUUUCAACCGACCCAGCUGGCCACUUUCGUAGGCUACACUACCGUGCCUGCGCUGGUGAACGGCGAGGAACAGGCCGUCGACUUCGACUCCAAUGGCAAUAGGGGAUCUCAAGACAAGGUUGCGCGCAAAGUUCACCCGAAGACAUUCCACCGCAUCGACAUUCUCGCAGUCCUCCGCUGACGGCGAGGCCCAAGGUACAGCGACAGCUCACAGUCCCUCAUCGACGCCAGGAGAACACGGCCGCAAGGCCAGAUCGGUCAGGUCGCGCGCGAGUCAUAAGCCGCCAUCAACAUUCGGAGCUGCAACAAUCGACGAGAAGGAUGUGCUGGCAGGAGGUGAGGUUGAAGCUGGAGGUGGAUCAGGGACGACGGGACUUGUAAAUAGUGAGGCUGCUGGCCCCAAGAUCGUUAGUCGGGACGCCGGGCAAAUCCUACCAAAGCUACCACCAGACCACCACGGGAGUAGCGAUCGACGCGAAACACCUGCAACCUCGACUACGCUACUGUCAACAUCGAACCUUCCACCCCUCGCUCUCGAAGCUGCCUCGCCGCUCGACGACCCCAAACACGACAGCUCCUCAACAGCAGACUUCCCCACCCCGAAUACCGAUAUCCAACCUGUGCUGGAAGAGGACGAGGACGAUGGGAAUAUCAGCCCCGGAGCUAAUGGCAACCAAGAGAUAACUGUGACCAGCCCUGGCAGUACCACGACCAACGCUGCGAGCAGCCAGAGACCUUCCGAGCUUUCCAGACGCCAGAGUCUACUGCCACAUCAGCAGACGAGAUUGAUCAAGACACUCCUCGAGACUGAACUGCCAGCGCAAUCGAGAGCUGCGAACCUCGACUAUUUUACUGCCAACGGUCCUUCGACAAUCAGCGCCAACAUGGUGAGCAGGAAGAUGUGGGUCAAGCGCCCGGCUGCGUCGGCGACACUGGUCACGAUUCAUGAGGACGACUUGGUGGAUGAUGUACGGGAGAUGAUCCUGAAGAAAUACGCCAAUUCGCUGGGGAGGAAUUUCGAUGCGCCAGAUGUCACGUUGAGGAUUGUACCUAGGGAACAACGGCAGGAGAGGACGUUGGGACCAGAGGAGCCAAUGGGGAGGACACUAGAUGCAUACUUUCCGGGUGGACAGACUGUGGAAGAGGCUUUGCUUAUCGAUGUGCCAGUGAGGAGGACUCCAAAGCCAAGUCCCCAACCCCAUCGGAUAUAUUACGAUGAGAUCCGACCUACAGAAGCGGGUUCGGAUUACUUUCCUCCUAUGCCACCCGCUAUUCCUUCACCACAUCUUCCGCACAGUGUUCCGGUUGGGGUUAACGGUCAAAAUGGGCACCAUCCUCUGACAGCACAUUCCAUGUCAGUCCUCACGACCGGACAUGUUCCAGCACUUCCCUCGCCUGGUGGUUCCUCAAGGAGGCACCAUAGCAAUAGACCUCGGAUAGGUCGUCAACACACAUCAUCCCCUACUGUUAUCGGCGGUCUGUCACAGCAGCCUGCGGUAAAUAACGAAAAAUCCAAUGCACCUCCCGUUGCACCUCCCCUCCCCACUCCACCUGCACCACAACCCAAUGAUCUUGCUUCUCAAAUCCAACGCGUUGCCACUCCUCCCCCUCGCGUCUCUUCUCCUCGUCCCCAAAGCAAUCACCCUAAGAGGUCUAAAAAGGCAAAGGUCGAACACCCGUCCCUCCCAGCGGGCAUGCUGAACGGAGGCGUUCCCCCAAUUAAUGUCCUCAUUGUCGAAGAUAACAUCAUCAACUUAAAGCUUCUAGAAGCAUUCAUGAAGCGAUUGAAAGUCCGUUGGCAAACAGCCAUGAAUGGACGUGAAGCUGUAAACAAAUGGCGAGCUGGAGGGUUCCAUUUGGUGCUGAUGGAUAUCCAGUUGCCAAUUAUGAGCGGAUUGGAAGCCACGAAGGAGAUCAGACGGCUUGAGAGGCUGAACUCGAUAGGAGUGUUCAGCAGUAGUGCAAGCUCUUCUGCGCCGGAAACUUCGGCGGAUGAGCCCGAGGGGGAGGACAAACUUCCGAGUACGGUACUGUUCAAGAGUCCAGUCAUUAUUGUGGCUCUUACGGCGUCGUCCUUGCAGUCGGAUCGUCAUGAGGCUUUGGCGGCUGGGUGUAAUGAUUUCUUGACAAAGGUAUGUGUAUCCGUUCUGCGUCCCAGGACUAUCUCCACCUCUUCUACUUCCUACUAUCGACGUCCAUUUCUAGCAAACAUGCUAACCCCCUCACCAGCCCGUCAACUUCGUCUGGCUCGAACGCAAAGUCAUGGAAUGGGGCUGCAUGCAAGCACUGAUCGACUUUGACGGCUGGCGCAAGUGGAAAGAUUUCUCGCAGCAAGCCGACACGGAAGACAAGGGCGGAGCCAAGAGCGCCAAGCUCUCAGCUGCGAAUAAGAAGAAAAAGAACAGGAGUAGUUUGGGGGCUAAUCCGGGAGGAAGUACGAGUCGACUGGCGAUCCAGGAGGAGGUUACCGAGAGUGAAGAGGGGA